UGAGUACAAACAGUUGCAGGCACGGGGAUUCUGGUGGUCUGGACAGGCUUCUAAGAGGAGGUCCUUGCACUGCAGCUGGAAGAUGGAUUUGGCCUUUGGCUUGGGGGUGGAGGGAGAAGGUACCUGUGGAGGAGAGACUGGAAAUGGGCGUGUGCGGGUGCUUCGGGGUGAAUUCUGGGCUUACCCUAGGAAUGGUGAGCCAGUCCCUGGGCAGGAAGCCCCAUUCCAAUGUAAGCUUAUGCCCAUGGAGCCUUCAUCCGCACAGCAGGUUUGGGAAGCAGGCCUGAAUUGGGGUGCGUGAGCCACUUCCCUCAUCUCCAGGGAUCUCUCUCUUCUUCCCAGUGCAUGAGCAGCCAAGCCUACUGACCGCGGCGCCACUCCUGUCCAUCUCCCCACGGCCACACCAUGUCCGGCUCCUACGAUGAGGCAUCGUUGGCUGCAGAGGAGAUCACUGACAGCUUCUGGGAGGUGGGGAACUACAAGCGGACGGUGAAGCGCAUCGAUGACGGACACCGCCUCUGCAAUGACCUGAUGAGCUGCGUGCAGGAGCGCGCCAAGAUCGAGAAGGCGUAUGCGCAACAGCUCACCGACUGGGCCAAGCGCUGGCGCCAGCUCAUAGAGAAAGGCCCACAGUAUGGCAGCCUGGAGCGGGCCUGGGGUGCCAUGAUGACAGAAGCAGACAAGGUGAGCGAGCUGCACCACGAGGUGAAGAACAACCUGCUGAAUGAGGAUCUGGAGAAGGUCAAGAACUGGCAGAAGGAUGCUUAUCACAAGCAGAUCAUGGGCGGCUUCAAGGAGACGAAGGAGGCUGAAGAUGGCUUCCGCAAGGCCCAGAAGCCCUGGGCCAAGAAGAUGAAGGAGCUGGAGACCGCCAAGAAGGCCUACCAUCUGGCCUGCAAAGAGGAGAAGCUGGCCAUGACACGGGAGAUGAACAGCAAGGCAGAGCAGUCGGUCACGCCUGAGCAGCAGAAGAAGCUGCAGGAUAAAGUGGAUAAGUGCAAGCAGGAUGUGCAGAAGACACAGGAGAAGUACGAGAAGGUGCUGGAAGACGUGGGCAAGACCACACCCCAGUACAUGGAAGGUAUGGAGCAGGUGUUUGAACAGUGCCAGCAAUUUGAGGAAAAGCGGCUGGUCUUCCUCAAGGAGGUGCUGCUGGACAUCAAACGUCACCUCAAUCUAGCUGAGAAUAGCAGCUAUGUCCACGUGUACCGUGAGUUGGAGCAGGCCAUUCGGGGGGCUGAUGCCCAGGAUGACCUCAGAUGGUUCCGCAGCAGCAGUGGCCCUGGCAUGCCCAUGAACUGGCCUCAGUUUGAGGAGUGGAACCCAGACCUCCCUCACACCACUGCCAAAAAGGAGAAACAGCCCAAGAAGGCAGAGGGGGUGACACUGGCCAAUGCCACUGGGGUGGUGGAGUCUACAUCCCAGGCUGGGGACCGUGGCAGCGUUAGUAGCUACGACAGGGGCCAGGCCUACGCCACUGAAUGGUCGGACGACGAGAGUGGGAACCCCUUUGGGGGCAAUGAGGCCAACGGGGGCGCCAACUCCUUUGAGGAUGAAGCCAAGGGAGUGCGCGUGCGAGCUCUCUACGACUACGACGGCCAGGAACAGGACGAACUCAGCUUCAAGGCUGGAGAUGAGCUCACCAAAUUGGGGGAGGAGGAUGAGCAAGGAUGGUGCCGCGGGCGGCUGGACAGCGGGCAGCUGGGCCUCUACCCCGCCAACUACGUGGAGGCCAUCUAGCUGUCCUGCUCCCCUCCACACUCCCGGUCACUCCUCCCCCACCGCCACCCUUUCCUCUCCACUCUCGUCUCCCUCCCCUACCAUAGAGUUCCAGACAUAUUUUCCGAUCAAGCUUUUAUUUUUUUAAAAGUUAACAGAACAAAACAAACAAACAAACAAAAAAAACACAAAGAGACAGAAGCAUUUGCAGGGCCACCUGGAGGCCAGGUGGUGGGGCUUGGGUUUGAGGCCCCAGGAUAGGUGAGGGUCUUAGCACUUAGCCCAACAGGCGCAUCAUGACAUCUGCUCUUCAGAUCCCACCAAAGAGUCUCCCGAACCCUGCCGGGCUCUCCCCCAUCUCCCUCCAUCCCAGGCUGCCAGCACCUGUUCCCCCUUUCUCUGGGUCUGGCUUCCUACCUUCCUCUUCCACCCCAUCCUGUUCCCUUUCCAUCACCACCCUACUCUCAAAGGCCUCCCCUCCAGGCCCCAGAGAAGGGAGGCCUCCCAAUCUCCAAUUUUCCGCUCUGCCCUGGGGAGUGCCCUUGCCUCCUUGCCCUACUGUCCCUCUCCCUGGUGGCCAUGCAGACAUGUGGGACCUGUGGCGCUGGAGGAGGAAUGGUCACCCUCCUCCCCCACAGAGGUUUCCAGGGGCUUCUGGACUCCCCCAGGCAUGAAAGGAGUGAGCUGGAGGAGGUGACAAUGUCACUGGGGUGCAGGAGGGUGAGUGGGGGGGCAGCAGGCCCACAGUUCGGGUUAUGCCAACCCUCCCAGUUACAGGCCCAACUAAAGGACCAAGACCCUGUUUGGGCCCUUCUUUCCAACUGUCAGCCCUUUGGGCACAGGCUCUUCCUCAGAGUCAUCCCCCUUCAGUAACUUGCAGAGACCCCUGCCCCCUUCUGCCCCUCCCCCUCCAUAAGUUCUCUGGCAGGGAGUAGGGGCCCCAAAGCCCAGGGGAAAGCCAGCAACAGUAGCAGCCUCCUCCCAUUUCCUGGGGAGGAGCACAUUUUUCCCACCCACCCACCCUCCCUACAUGUCCACAAAACCAGGCUCCACAAGAUCAAGCCUUGUACCUGCAAGGCCCUUGGCCUUCCACCCCUCUCUCCCCUUCCCUGGCCUGCCUGGGGAGAGAGUGUGAGGCCCACGGAAGCUUCCGGCCUGGGACCAUCAGGGGAAAGCCUGCAGCCAUUAGAGGAGGCAUGCCUUUGGCAGGAGGGAGGAGCCCUGCCUUUCAGGAGCAGGACAGUCACUGUCUUUCUUCCUUGUCGCCCUCGCUCUGGGAACAACAUCUCCUGUGCUGGCAAUCCCUUCAUCUCUCCAGGCCUGGGCCUCAGUUAAGCCACUUGGGAGUGGGAGGAGGUAAAGGGCCCACCCAGAGCAGGGAGGUCUCUUGUGGUUAGGAGAAGCAGUGGUGCUGGAGUAGAAGGUGCCUGCCUCUCCCUUAGGAUUUGGGGAGAGGGGGAACUUGGGAAGCAGACCAGGGCAGGACAAGACACCAGGAGGUGGAGGAGUAGCUGAAGAGGGGUCUGUCAGGGACCUCGGGGGCAAGUACCUGAGGUUUCUUGCAGCACCAGGUGAAACCUGUUCAUGGCUGAUGCCACUUCUAGGCCGCAGGUUUGUAGACGCCCUCCUUUUCUCCACAUUGGGUAAAGAGAGCUAGACGCCCCAGCCCCUCUUUCACCUUCAGCCUCUUUCACUCCCUGCUUCUCCCAACAUCCUGCUGUUAGGAGGUAGUAGACCCUGCCUCAAGGCUCUGACCCCCUUCAUGUGGGCAGAGGAGGAUCAUGGGAGACCCAGGCAGAAGCCUGAGCUAGACAGGCUUCCCUGAGGGCAGGGGAAUUGAGGGAUGGGGGUGAUGGCAGCCCAGGCAGGCCCCUCUCCCAACAUCCCCUUGCUCAGCACCUUCUCUUGUUCUCCUGGCCUCUGAUGCAGCCUGAGCUGGGCCCUAGGCCCUCAGAGCCUGAGUGAGAUUCCAGAAGCCUUCAGCCUGGGCUGUGCCAGCCCUCCCAACUCCAGAACAAAAGCCUGUUCAGCCUCUGCAUGAGACAGGAGUUGGGGUUGAGGCCUCUCUACCCCUUAUCAGGUACUCUUGAAAGGCAGGAAGCCAGGCACAUCUGCACCUCGGGGCCUGGGCUCCCCCUCUCUGAGGCAGUGACUUCCCAGCACCUGCAGAGGGGCUGCGGCCCUGGCUGGACCCCAGGCCUGUGCUCCGAGCUGCCCAUUCUGGGGCACGGACUCGAAACCUCAUCCCUUCUUAGUAGCCUCCUCUAUGGCCCUCCCUGGGACCACCCUCCCUUGGUCCCCAGGCUCUUCAAGACCCCAGAGCAGGAGGGAGGGUCUCCCUGGAAGCCACCAUCUGCUCUGGGGGCCCAGUCCCACCUGUCAGUGCUGGCGUCAGGGCACUCAACAUCCAACGUGGGAGAUGCACCCCUCGUGUGCUCACGUUCUCCUCCUAUAGCCCCCUGCCCACACCCUCGAUGCUGCAACGGCCCACCCCGAUGGAGUUUGGCGAGUAAUGUGUUUUGCCCCCCUGUUAACCACUGUUCUGUGGCCUGGUUCUGCGAGAAGCCAGGGCUGCCCUGCCACCCGCCGCCUGCCACCCUAGGCUUCCUGACUCCAUUAGUUCCAACACUUGUGAGACUCCGAAAAGUGCUGUGGUCUCAGCGAUGCACUUGUUUUGUACGAUUGUGUAAUUUAAAGGUAUAUAAAUAUAAAUAUAUAUAUAUAAGUUGUGAUUGUGUGCCUGUGGAUAAAAUCCAGAACUGUGUCAACCUGGCUGGGCUUUGUCAUCUUGAGUCUUAUGUGUCU